AUGCCCGCCCUGUCCGCAGACAGCUGGCAGAAUAUCGUUUCAGUCGUUUUUUCCGCCUUGUCGGCGGCCGGAGCACUGGCCAUCAUCUCUGGCUUCGUCCUGACGCCGCAGCGACAGCACUUGCGUGUCAAGCUCAUCCUGGGCCUGGGGAUCACGGACUUCGUCCAAGCCGUUACUACCUUGUCCGGCAAUGUCCUCGAGCUGUCCGGCCACCCGUACAAGACGAACUCGAGCAGCUGCCUGGGGUCCGCCUUCGUCUACCAAGCAUGCGUUCUGUGCAACGCUUGCUGGACCCUCGUCAUCGCCUUGGUGACCUACACGACGCUCGCACACCCUUUCUCUCGCCUCACGACUCUGCUCGAACACCGUCUCGCUUUCUCAGCGAUAACAGCCGGCGUCUUGGUCAUCGGCCUUACUCCGGCUAUCGCGACGACGGCCGUCUACGACAUGGCGGACGCUGCGGGGGUGUGCUUCAUGAAGCCCGGUACGCAGGCGGGCAACCUCGUCCUGUUCGUUCCUCGCGCCGCAACCCUCGCCGCCGUCAUCUGCCUCUACGUCGCCCUCUUCAUCUUCUUCCGCCGGCGCAACAUGAAGCUGCUCGACAUGUCGACCAACGACGAGGAAGGGCAGGAGCAUGACGCGCCGGCGCCGAAGCGAAUGUCACUGUCGAGCUUGCGGGGGAGAUUGCCGGUAUGGAAUCGGCGGCAAAGCGAGAUGGAGGAUGGAGGCGUGCGAACAGCGGAGAAGCCGGCACACCGGCCCCUGGCGCCAAUACCCGGCUCUCCUGUUGCCUUCUCGCAACCUUUCGACGACGCCGCACCUCCGUCGCAACCCUUUCCCAAACUCGACAACUCUUCUUCCCCUCCUCCUCCUCAUCGCUCCGACGUCCACUUGCCUUGCCGCGAAGUGCGGCAGCCUUCGUCCGUCACCCAAGUCGACCUCGACGAAGCGCUCCACGACGCCGACCUACAUCCGCCGAAAGAUGUCGCUUCUCCCUCCAUACCGCGCUUCAAGCGCUUCUCGAGCCACGCCUUCUCCGCACAGCAGUCUGCCUCAGGCAAUGCGACGCCCGAACGAGCAGCGUACCGUCCGCUCUCGCCCCGACAGCUGAACAAGCGACUCUCCCUCCUCAUGGCGCUCUACCCCCUCGCCUACUCCUGUCUCGUCGCCGUUUCCAUUGCUCGCCUCAUUCAGCAACUCGCGACGAAGCAGAUUCCGUCAGCAGGCCUUGCGUGGACAUCGCGCUACUUGAUCUUCUCGCAAGGUCUCGUCGACGGCGUCCUGUACGUCGUCGUCCAGUUGGCGUUUCGCGCGUGGACACGAAGAGCGCAAGGAGGAGGCUCUGGCGGCACAGGGACUGGGCAAGGUCGGGCGACGGUAUAG